UUUGAAGGAGGUUGGUGCCGUUUCUUUUCUUCUUCCUGACGUUUGUCUGAUGAUCUGUUUUCCGUUUGCUGUUUGAAGCGGAGCGGCAGUCAUUGAUGAUCAUCCCCAGGAAUCAGGUGCAACACCAUCCGCAGCCAGAUCGGGGGAGGAGUUAGCAGAGCCAGGUCACACCCCUCCACUACAGCGCUUUACCCGAGAGAGAGACGGAGAGAGAGAAACUAAGGAGCGCUCCGCCGUCCGUCACCGUCCACAACCAGAAAAAUAUGAUCCGGACGCGAUCCUGCGCUUCUCCCACGAAGACAACAUCUGAUCUCAGCCGAACCCAGUGACCACCGCUCGGCGUUUGCUCUGCCCUGCUUAACUAUUUUUUUUUUAAAAUUAUUUUUUAUUUGAUUUUUUUUUCUCCUCACACCUUCUCUCUCACACUCUUUGCGUCUCUCCGCUGGAUCUUCCGUGCCAGAAAAUCAUGUGCGUGGAGAGCGACGGAUGCGAGAUCGAGGGCAGUAGCAGUUCGGACGAGGUGCGCACGCUGUCGGGCAGCAUGAGCCCCGGACUGAAGCCCAGCCCGGACCUUCACUCCUGCAAACCGGGCCAGAAAUUCUGCGACGCGCUGCGCCGGUACCGCACACCGGCUGUCUCUGCGGGAAUCCUCAGCUUUGGGAACGUCCUCAAUUACAUGGACAGAUCCACAGUGGCUGGCGUUCUGCUCGACAUCCAGCGGCACUAUGAGGUAACUGACAGUGGAGCCGGCUUGUUGCAAACAGUCUUCAUCUGCAGCUUCAUGGUGGCUGCUCCCAUCUUCGGUUACCUGGGCGACCGCUUCAACAGAAAGGUCAUCCUGAGCUGUGGCAUUUUCUUCUGGUCUACUGUGACCCUGUUGAGCUCGUUCAUCAGCAAAGAGCACUACUGGCUAUUUGUGCUCUCCAGAGGACUGGUGGGCAUCGGCGAGUCCAGCUACUCCGCCAUCUCUUCCACCAUCAUAGGAGACAUGUACACCAGCAACAGCCGCACCAUGAUGCUCUCAGUCUUCUACCUGGCCAUCCCGCUGGGAUCCGGCUUGGGUUACAUCCUGGGCUCCGGUGCCAAGGACGCCGCUGAGGACUGGCACUGGGCAUUAAGGGUGUCCCCGUUCCUGGGCAUCACCGUGGGCGCUCUGAUCCUGCUCUUUGUGCCUGACCCAAAGAGAGGCAGCGCGGAUCACAUGGAAGGACACAUCCCGCACUCCCAAUCGUGGAUCAGUGACAUGAAGGCCCUCGCCAAGAACCGGAGCUACGUGUUCUCGUCCUUGGCGACAGCAGCCGUGUCCUUUGCCACGGGCGCGUUUUCAAUGUUGAUUCCCAUCUACCUGCACCGAGCGCAGGUGGUGCAGAAGGAAGUCGAAGCCUGCACAAAAAAAGUUUGCAGCAGCAGAGACAGCCUCAUCUUUGGGGCCAUCACAUGCGUGACGGGGCUGCUGGGCUUGGUCAUCGGAGCCGCCGCCACGCGCUUCUUUCGGCGUAAGACGGAGCGGGCCGACCCCCUGGUGUGCGCCAUCAGCAUGCUGGGCUCUGCCAUCUUCAUCUGCCUCAUCUUUGUCGUGGCCAAGAACAGCAUCGUUGGAGCUUAUGUUUGCAUCUUCAUCGGAGAGACGCUGCUUUUCGUGAACUGGGCUUUGACAGCAGACAUUUUAAUGUUUGUUAUUAUUCCCACACGGAGAGCUACAGCAGUCGCCUUUCAGAGCUUCACCUCUCAUCUCCUGGGUGACGCAGGAAGUCCAUACCUGAUAGGCAAGAUCUCUGAUAAGCUACAGGAGAGAUUUGCUUCAUCUGAACUAUGGAAGUUCCUCAGUUUGGGCUAUGCCCUCAUGCUGUGUCCCUUCAUCAUUGUCCUGGGGGGCAUGUUUUUCCUGGCCACGGCACUGUAUUUCCUGGACGACAGGGAAAAGGCCGAAAAGGAACUGCAAACAUUAAAGAUUGAUUGGCAGGGAAAGCCUAUUGUAACUCUGACAAGAGGUGAGUCAGUCAGCAGCAGCUCUAGCUUCGAUAGCAGCAUUACCCCUCCCCCCCGUCCCAGUGAGAAAGCAACAGAUGAGUCAGUCAGCAGCAGCUUUAGCUCUGAUAGCAGCAUUACCCCUCCUCCCCGUCACAGUGAGAGAGAUGAGUCAGUCAGCAGCAGCUUUAGCUCUGAUAGCAGCAUUACCCCCCCCUCCCGUCAAAGUGAGAAAGAUGAGUCAGUCAGCAGCAGCUUUAGCUCUGAUAGCAGCAUUACCCCCCCCUCCCGUCCCAGUAAGAAAGGCUGAUGCAGCAGACUCCACCUUCUUCAGUCAAGGUAUGACCAGGUGAUCAGCAGACGAGGACCUAUCUGCACAGACGUUUAGAGGACGCCAAAAUAAAGAGUUCCCGCCGUCCAUUUUUUAUUUUUUUGCCAUCACCGUUAGAAUCCUCCUGCUGCUCUCGUUUGGUUUUCGGCUUGGAACUGGAAAACGAGGGGAGCGUCUUGCUCCGCCUCGAACCUCCCCAGUUGGGGGCGGGGAGUCGCUCGGAUAUAGCUUUUUCGUCCCAAGUCUGCGAGAAUCCUUGACGACGCAACUCUUCUGACUUUUUGAUGCCAUACUACUGAAUGCUGACCAUGAACCUGCCCUGUCUACCUGCCUGCCUGCCUGCCCAACUCUUAUUUGACUGUCUGCAUCGAACCAUCGGCUGUUAAUCUGCACCAAGUGCCAUAGCCUCAUUUACAUUCCUAUAAACUUUGCACUGACCACCGACACUCCCUCACGACCUCCUCUCUGACUGCACACAACACCUUUUGCCCCACACAAAAUCCAAAUUUUCCACUAAUUAUCCACAUUGAUCGCAGUAUUAACAUCACAGUUUACGUCAUAAUCGCAGUGUUCUUCUAACUGAUUACACUGUGCAUGUAAACAAAGCAGUCAGCCAAGAGCCAAAAAAAAAAAAAAGUGUUACUGUUUGAAGGUCAGUAAAUCAGCCUUAAGAACAGGAGCUUUUCCCCCCACCUGCACACGUUUCCUUUGACCUCUCUUACAUGUUUUCCUUUGAGCUUUUAGCACUUAAAAUGAGUAUAGACAGUGCCAGAGAAUGUGACAGAUGUGAGAACUUUCUGCACAUUAUUACUUUCUUUUCUUUUUUUGUUUGUGUGUGUGUGUAAUGUUGAAGUUUAAUACUGGAGGUUGCUGCCAAUGAUUGUUUCAGAAGGAUCAUGGUGCUGUUUGCGUGAUCUGAAGCGAACACUGGAUUUUGUUUUGUUUUUGUUAUUUAUUAUAUGCUUACAUAUGCUUUUCCCAAAAGAGAAAUAGAAUGCUACUCAUUGGAAAAAUAUAUAUAUAAAUAAGGAGCAAUAAGGGGAAAAAAAUUUUUUUCUUCUUCUUUGGAGAAAACCAACCAUUUUGUUAUCCUUACUGCCUUAUCAGCGAGCUGCUUUCCCUUUAGACGGCUGGCUUUCAGAUGGUUGGGUUUGAGUUUCUGGACACAAAAAACCGGCCACACAUGGACGGAGUCGCUUUUAAUGAAGGGUUGCAGUCUGGUUCUGGGUGGUAAUACAAUGACAGGCACUGUGAAGAGAGACCUUUCCCCCCCAUGCAGCUGUAGAUAUCUGAUCCCCUCCACCCCAUAUUUGCAGGAAAAACACAAAGCUGGAGAGACAGUCGCCAGCUAAUUAGUGAUCGAAAUCAAAAAGAAUCCAAGACACGAACAGGAAAACCUUUAGCAUCAGGCAUCUCUGACUUAAACAUUUCCUGUUACUUAAUUUAGCGUAAUUUCAUCUGUGAGGAAAUUUUUAUUUUAUUUUUUCUUAGAUCCAGUGCUCCUAGGAUAUGUUCAGUUUUGAGCUUUACUGAAAGGGAAAGAAAGCACUUUCCCGACUUCUAAGCGAACACGGGAAAAAGAUGGGCCUGGGGUUCCCGUGGCGACGAGUGACUCUCCAUGUGGGCCGGAUCAUUAGCUUUAGCUUCCCUCCAGCUGCAUGGAGCGCUCUGAAUGUGAUUGUGCCAGCCGGCCGUGUUUACACAUUAACUUCUUAUUGAACUCCUUACGUUUUUACGUUUUCUUGUCUUUUUAUGAUGUUACCAAAUGUUGUUUUUUUUUAACAACUACAACAGAUAAAUAUAUAUAUGGAGAGAGGAAGAGAGAGCUAUAUCUUGCAGUAACUUUAAUAUAUUGUAUAAAUGAUGGCUUGAAUGCAAUGUAUUUAUUUGUUUUGUUACCAUAAUGAAGAAUAUUCUAUAAAGGGAAGUUUUAUAGUUUGAAUAUACAACACUUUGUUUUCUGUGUCAUUUGGUUUUUAAAUGCCAAGUAGUUUAAAAAUUACUUGUAUGUAUCACUAUUAAUCAACACAGUACCUUUACACAUCACUAAGAAAUCAUCCUGUUAACUUUGAUCAUUAUUCAGACAUCUCAUGUAUAAAAAAAGAAUAUAUAUAUAUAUAUAAACGGAACAAAAUGCAAUGUGAUGGUUUUUAAAGCAGCCUCAAUGGAAGGACGCCAUGCAAUUUGUUAGUUUUUUUUUUUGUGUGUUUUUUUUUUUUACUUUUCUGUUAAAAUAACCGAUUGAACCAUUUUGCACACUGUAAUGUUCAGGGAGUAAUUUGCAAACACAUCCUGGCAUCGUCUUCACAACCUCUGUCACAGAAGUAUGUCGCUUCAUGCCUCCCCUCCUCACCAAAUCCCCAGUAAGUGCUGAUUUAUUUUAUUUUUUGAGCUGUCAUAGUACAGACAAGAGGAUGGCUCAGGAACAGAGUUUCACUUUGCCAAAACCGAGUUGAUUUUUUUUCUCUCUCUCUCUCUUUUUUUAAAUAGCCUGUUGCAUUGACUUAUGCUACGUUAAUAAUCACUGAGGUGAUGUAUUAAGUGUGUGCUGUUUCUUGUUAUACAAGAAUUCUGUACAAAGUGACUUAUUUCUGAUCUUGAGCAGAAAACAGAUUUUAUUUUUGUUUUUAGUCAGUAGAGCUACAUGUCGGAGAAAUCAGGAUUUAACUUUAGAAAAUGAACUGUGAUGCUCUCCCCCCGUCAGGAGGGGCGUGUUUGGGGACUUGUUGAUUUCAAAGAAAAACAUUGUAAAAAAUAAAUAAAUAAAUAAA